GUCAGCUGUUCGCGUUCCAUAUCUGCCGUAAACCGUGCUCAUGGGGCUGCUCUUGCAUUGUUUUGGACUCUGUAGUUAGCCAGCGACGUCAUUUGAUCGAGAACCAACCAUUUCACUCCCCCUCGUGCUCGUACACUACCUACACGUCCAACGCUGCCUUUCCUCGCACACACUCAAACGAACGUUAUCAAACAACUACCACCAAACAGUCACAAUGUCCAAGAACGCGCCCACUCUGAUCAAUCUGCCACCCCCGCCGUCGGAUCCAAUGACACCUAGCGAAGUCCCGGGCACCCCAAACUCGGCAACUACGUCCAUGUCUGAGCUCUCCACGGUCGCUAUCAAAGACGGACACCGUGGUCACUUCCCCCAUCACCAGAACCCCGCCGACGCCGAGCGCGCCGAUCGCAUCUCACGCUUGGCAGGUCUUGAGCGAGUUGCUGUCUCUGGCCGCACGCCUCAAGGUCUUGGUCCAGGAAGCGCGCACAACCCGCCUCCGGGCUAUUUCGACUCGAACAACCAGCCCCAAAUCUUUCGCGAGCGCAGCACCGUUGGUAGUGCUAGCGCAACUGGAAGUGUAGGAGGUCGAACCACCUGGGCCAGUGGUAGCGAUGUGAAUGAUCCCGAUCGCAUGAGCGAGGACCAAGACGUGGAGACGUCGAGCAUGGGAGGAUUUAGUGACGAGGCCGCCUCUCUGGUUGGAUUUGGAGAAGGAGCAAGGACGCCAGCUCGACAACUCAGUCAGCUUGGCAGCCCUGCUGUUGGCAAGGCGAGUGCAAUGCCUGGAUAUUUGAGGGAUCAAGCACCAACCAGCCCCAUGACGGGUGUCAGUGUUCCCUCCAGCUCAGGAACCGCACAAACCAACGCCAAUGACACCUUGGCUGAUACCACCGACCGCACUACACCGCCGACGUCUAGCCGUGGGCCCGGCAAGUCCUCGACCGCAGAGCAAGUCAUUCUUGAGCGCAUGAAACAGCGUCAAGGCGGUCAGGACUUCAUGGACUACAGGUAUGAGCAACAGAAGGAGGAGUAGAAGAUGCGAAUUUUCUCAACUUGACAUAGCUGCAACGGGCGUUUGGGCGGGUUAAUCGAAAGCCAAAAUAACAUACUUGAUCAAGUCUCAAAGUUCAAGAUAGAAGUUUAAGGCGGUCUUGAAGGAAAUCACUUGGCCAGCUACUCUUAUGAAUUCACGGGUCUUCUACAUUUCUAUAAAGUACGUGACUGGGU